AAAAACAAGGAGAAAAAAAAGCGCUUAUUGUUGGACACAUUUGACAUUACAUCAACACACAGCACUGCGACGACGACCAAUGGCCGGCACAGCGAUUUGUCGUUGCUUCGUCGUCUCCAACACGCCUCCCUCUCUCUCCUUCUGUAAGCGUCUCUUUUCCACGUUUCGCACACACCUCCAUGCCUCCUCCUCAACACCACCACCAUCACUCCUCUCACUCACCACGACCACCGCACUCAAUCCAUCAAAACCCGCCACACUUCCAUUGAUAAACCCACCAAACACUCUUGCUUCCACAAUCAGAAGAUCAUUCACUACCACCUCCGAAGAAGAACAACAACCCGCCCCUACCAUAAAACGCAACACCAAAGUCAAUUUCUCUUUAUCCGACUCUGAUUCUGAUUCUGAUUCCGAAAACACAAAAACCCAGUUGACAACGAGGAGGGGAGAGAUUGAUAAGACCAAGUUGCCACCUCCUUACGACCCAUUUAACAAGAAGGCAGUGAUUGAAGAGCCAGGGGAUCCAAAAAAUCUGCAAGAAGUGUUUCAUAAGAUACGCAAUGAUGGGCUUAUCAACAAUGCAGUCAAGAUGUUCGACGCAUUGUCUAAGGACGGACUCACCCACGAAGCUCUUGAAUUGUUUGGGCAAAUCAAGGACAAGGGAAAUAUGCCUGAUGUGGUGGCACACACUGCUGUCAUUGAGGCAUACGCCAAUGCCGGGCAGGGGAAGGAUGCCCUCAAGGUGUACCUACGGAUGCUGGCGUCUGGGGUCACCCCCAAUGCGUAUACAUACACCGUGUUGAUCAAGGGGCUGGCGAGUUCUGGGGAUGCUAAGUUGUUGGGUGAGGCGAAGAAGUAUGUGGUGGAGAUGAUGGACAAGGGCAUGAGGCCCAAUGCAGGGACUUAUGUCGCGGUGUUUGAGGCGUUUGCGAGUGAGGGGAAUGUGGAGGAAGGGAGUGAGUUUCUGGAGCAGAUGAAAGCUAAGGGCUUUGUCCCGGAUGAGAAGGCUGUCAGGGAGGUUCUUCGCGACAAAAGAGGUCCAGUUUUUCGCAGCAUUAUGAACUUGCUCUUUGGGAAGUAAAUUGAGCGAGAUGGGGUACACAGAUAUGGAGAAGAGGCAACUGUUCUUGAGAAGCUAUAGGUUCUGCAGGAAGAAGAGUGUGGCUGAGAGGAUUAGGAGAUCAUUGUUCCGGGUCAAACGGGUUAUCUGGGUCAGGAUCCGAUCCGUCCGAAAACUCCGAAGGGUGGUCUGUUUCAGGCUAAGAUGUGGUUUUUACGUUAGAAGAAGGUUUAUGAGUCUUCAAAACCAUAGAUCAAGUGGCCUUUCUUGGCCAUCUUCUUGCUUCUGGUAGGACUCUCUCUUUCUUUUCUUUUCUUUUUCAUUUUUUUUUUUUUUUAGUACCUGAAAGUUAAUGGUUUGAUAACUUACAAGCCCAAAAUAUAUAUAUUCGGAUUAAGAUCCUCCCUACAGUCCCUGAUAUUCACUGCUGUAUCCAGUGAACAAAUAAUUAACUGUUAUUUAUAAUAAUAAAUAAUAAAAAGUAAGGAUGGAAUGUUGUGUA